AUGUCGCAGCCUCGUGCACCAUCUCAAACGCGGCUGCCUCCCCGAAAUAGGUCUCGUUCUCCCAUUUCUCGACCAACGACUCCGCUUCGUCCCUCGUCCCGCUCUUCAUUUCGGACACCACAAAACAAUGCCUUCGCAGGGCCAUCCCCUCUCGACGAUUUCGAGCCUCAGUUUGCAGAACUAAGUGACUCUAUGGCGGACUUGGAGGCCAAUCUGAUGCAUCUCCAACUGAUGCAUGAGAGUUUGAGCAGAUUCGGAGAGAGCUUUGCCAGUUUCUUGUAUGGACUGAACAUGAACGCCUUUGUGGUAGAUUUCCCUGAAGCACCAAUCUCCGAAUCAAUCAAACGAUUUCAGAAACGCCACGGUCAAGGAAAUGGGGAUGAGCGAUCCAUCUUGCAGAACAAUGCCAGCGAUGGAAGGGUUGGGGAUGGAGAGACAACUUUUAUGACAACAGACGCCAGCUUCACAAGUUUGAAAGCCACUCCUCGUCGCAAGACAACGGCACCAUCCGUUACUCCCAGCACUGCAUCUACAUUGAAACAAGGCAAACCAACCGGUCGUGGAGCUGACGGCAAUGCAAGUAGAACAAACAGAGGAAGUGGUCGUGGAAUACGAGGGAGUGGUCUACCACGCGGCAGAGGAAGAGGAGUCAAAUAG